AUGUCGGAUUGGAAUAAACAUCAUGGUGUAGGAGCUACACUCCUUGAAAACUGGGUCGAGGAGCGCUCAGUUGGAGAUACUAUUAUUAAAGAACGGUCUGAUAUUUGUCAGCUGAGUCGAAAUGGACACAAGGAUCUUCUUACUCACUCAACCGACACACCACAAGAACCUAUGCAAACAACAAGCAGGGCCUCUUACAAACUAGUUUCUCGCAGUGAUUUGGCUUCUCAGACUGUAGGAAAACGGCGACAGCUUAUGGAAGCCGAAAUGCUCAAGAUCGCCAUAUCAGGGCAAAAAUCGCAACCACAGAUAAACGAAUCAAAGCAAUGGGAGUCGACUACCAUGCAUGAUUUCUGUCAUUCAGACGUGUAUCCACCACUUGUAAAAUUAGGAUCGAAACUCCCAGAUCAGAGUCAGAGUGACAAGUAUGCCAAGCCAAUUACUUUUUGGAGCGAUUACGCAGCAAAAGGAUCUGGCACAGCGGUUUGCUCAACACCUGCAAAAUAUCUGCAUAAACAAGGAUACAGUCAAGAGCCCAACAAUAACGAAGUGGUUGGACAUAGAGCUGGACAGAUUCAUGAGAUGCAAGCUUCAGAUGUGCCAAUUAGGUUUGGCAAGCAUCCCACAUUCAGCUGCCCUAUUCACGAAAACAGAUUUGAAAAAGAAUAA